UUAAGUUUCUUCCUGUCCUUUUCCCAAUUCCAGCCCUUGAGAACUUUCCAUUUUUACUGAAUCAAUAAGUUACUUGGGUUGACUUCUAAAGAAAGCUCUAAGUAUAGAUGUAUAUAACUCUUUCCCACGCGCUAGUUAAAUACGUCAAGUAUUGUUCAUUGUGGUUAAUUACCGGUCAUUCGUGUUCACGGACCGAGUGAUAGUCGAGGCUGCCACACACCGAAGAUAACGAGUUCGCCGUUCCAUUGCCUUCGCCUGUCGUUUGGGAAUUCAGUUGGAUUUUAAUCGCGACAGUAGUAAGACGUGACAAUGGCUAGUGGCAGAAUUGUAGUAUACGGAGGCCGCGGCGCGCUUGGAGCCGCAUGCGUUAACCAUUUCAAGUCAGCGAAUUGGUGGGUGGCCAAUGUGGAUUUGAACCCGAACGAGAGCGCCGACGUUAAUAUUACGGUCCCUAAAGAUGGUUCUUGGGUCCAGCAAGAAGAACACGUUGUUAAGGAACUCGGCGAAGCGCUGCAAGGUCAGAAAGUGAAUGCGGUGAUUUGCGUGGCCGGCGGCUGGGCUGGCGGUAACGCGGCCAAGGAACUCUGCAAGCAAGCGGAUCUCAUGUGGCGCCAAUCAGUUUGGAGCUCAACUAUCGCGGCCACACUUGCUGCUAAAUACCUCACUCCUGGUGGAUUGUUAGCUUUAACUGGUGCUAAGGCCGCAUUAGAACCGACACCUGGUAUGAUUGGUUAUGGUCUUGCCAAAGGUGCCGUGCACCAGUUAACAAAAUCUCUUGGUGCCAAAGACUCAGGGCUGCCAGAAAACUCGUUAGCAGUGGCUAUACUGCCUGUAACAUUAGACACAGAAAUGAACAGGAAGUGGAUGCCUAAAGCAGACUUCAGCAGUUGGACCCCCCUUAAGUUUGUUGCGGAGUUGUUUGAGAAGUGGAUCAAGGGGGAGCAGCGUCCAGAGAGUGGCAGCCUGGUUGCCCUUGUUACUAAGAAUAAUGUCACUGAGCUUAUUGUCAACAAAGACAAUGUUACUGAAGCUAUUAUUCAGUAAAUCUGGCCAAUCUUAUAACUAUAUAAAAGACAAUUUGAUUGUCAGUAUUGUAACUUGAUGUUAUUGAUGUUACUUAUUUUACAAGUCUUCUGAAAGCAUUUAAUUGUGAUUAUUCUAAACUUUAAAUGUAUGUAGUAACUACUUAUAUUAACAUCUUGGAAUAUUGUACAAGACUGUCAAGCGAAAACAAGUAUUUAUAACAAGCAAGUAAUAUGCUUUUAAUGUCUCAAGUAUAUCAGACAAUAAGGGAACAAAUCUCAUACUUAGUAGUGUGAUGUCUGUGAAUGUUAUUUUUACAUAAUUUAUGUGAUAUUUUAAGAGUAUAAUAAAUGUUGAAUCAUUA